CUUGGUUGGAUGCACAAAUCUCUGUGCAGUGCUUUUUGCCCGUUGCCUAGACGAUCACUUGGUUUCUCUGAGGAUGUCUGGUUCUCGUAAAGAGUUUGAUGUGAAGCAGAUUUUGAAAAUCAGAUGGAGGUGGUUUGGCCAUCAAGCAUCAUCUCCUAAUUCUGCAGUUGACAGCCAGCAGGGAGCAUUUUGGAAUCGAGGACAGACUGGAGCAAACGGUGGGAGAAAGUUUUUAGAUCCAUGUAGCCUGCAAUUGCCUUUGGCUUCAAUUGGUUACCGAAGGUCCAGCCAACUGGAUUUUCAGAGUUCACCUUCUUGGCCAAUGGCAUCCACCUCUGAAGUCCCUGCCUUUGAGUUUACAGCAGAAGAUUGUGGCGGAGCACACUGGCUGGAUAGACCAGAAGUGGAUGAUGGCACUAGUGAAGAAGAAAAUGAAUCUGAUUCCAGUUCAUGCAGGACUUCCAAUAGUAGUCAGACAUUAUCAUCCUGUCAUACUAUGGAGCCAUGUUCAUCAGAUGAAUUUUUCCAAGCCCUUAAUCAUGCUGAGCAAACCUUUAAAAAGAUGGAAAACUAUCUGAGACAUAAACAGUUAUGUGAUGUAAUUCUAGUUGCUGGCGAUCGCAGAAUUCCAGCUCAUAGAUUGGUGCUCUCCUCUGUCUCAGAUUAUUUUGCUGCCAUGUUUACUAAUGAUGUUAGGGAAGCGAGACAAGAAGAAAUAAAAAUGGAAGGUGUAGAACCGAAUUCACUAUGGUCCCUGAUUCAGUAUGCAUAUACAGGCCGCCUUGAACUGAAAGAAGAUAACAUUGAGAGCCUGUUGUCUACGGCUUGCCUUCUCCAGCUUUCACAGGUUGUGGAAGCAUGCUGUAAGUUCCUAAUGAAACAGCUUCACCCGUCCAACUGCCUUGGAAUCCGUUCUUUUGCUGAUGCCCAAGGUUGUACAGAUUUGCAUAAAGUGGCUCACAAUUAUACUAUGGAACAUUUCAUGGAAGUCAUCCGAAACCAGGAAUUUGUAUUAUUACCAGCCAGUGAAAUUGCAAAGCUCUUGGCCAGCGAUGACAUGAACAUUCCUAACGAAGAAACGAUCUUGAAUGCGCUCCUUACCUGGGUCCGUCAUGAUCUGGAACAGAGACGGAAAGAGCUCAGUAAACUUUUGGCUUAUAUUAGGCUACCUCUUCUUGCACCACAGUUCCUGGCAGACAUGGAAAAUAAUGCACUUUUUCGGGAUGAUAUAGAAUGUCAGAAACUAAUUAUGGAAGCAAUGAAGUAUCAUUUAUUACCAGAGAGACGGCCCAUGUUACAAAGUCCUCGGACAAAACCUAGGAAGUCAACUGUUGGUACAUUAUUUGCCGUUGGUGGAAUAGAUUCAACAAAAGGAGCAACAAGCAUUGAAAAGUAUGAUCUCCGUACAAAUAUGUGGACUCCUGUAGCGAAUAUGAAUGGGAGGCGGCUACAGUUCGGUGUUGCGGUGUUAGAUGACAAACUGUAUGUGGUCGGGGGAAGAGACGGACUGAAGACUUUGAAUACGGUAGAAUGCUACAACCCCAAAACAAAAACUUGGAGUGUGAUGCCUCCUAUGUCCACACAUAGGCAUGGCCUUGGUGUGGCCGUACUGGAAGGCCCCAUGUACGCAGUGGGAGGGCACGAUGGCUGGAGCUAUCUGAAUACCGUGGAAAGAUGGGACCCUCAGGCUCGCCAGUGGAAUUUUGUUGCCGCUAUGUCCACCCCCAGGAGCACCGUAGGUGUGGCAGUACUCAGUGGGAAACUUUAUGCAGUUGGUGGUCGUGAUGGAAGUUCUUGUCUCAAGUCAGUAGAGUGUUUUGAUCCUCAUACUAAUAAGUGGACACUCUGUGCACAAAUGUCAAAAAGGAGAGGGGGAGUAGGAGUAACCACCUGGAAUGGAUUGCUGUAUGCUAUUGGAGGACACGACGCGCCUGCAUCCAGCUCGACUUCCAGGCUCUCCGACUGUGUGGAGAGAUAUGACCCCAAAACAGACAUGUGGACAGCGGUGGCAUCGAUGAGCAUCAGCAGAGAUGCGGUGGGGGUCUGUUUACUCGGAGACAAACUCUAUGCCGUUGGAGGGUAUGAUGGACAGACUUAUCUUAACACAGUGGAGGCUUAUGAUCCCCAGACAAAUGAGUGGACCCAGGUUGCUCCUCUAUGCCUAGGAAGAGCUGGAGCUUGCGUUGUGACUGUAAAAUUAUAAUUUAGUGCUUUGGUUUCCAAACGAAGAUAUCCUCUUCUUUUACCAAUUUAGUACAUUUAUCUUACUAUCAAUGGAUACAUUUUUAGUAAAUUGGCAGUGCCACAUUCCUGGGCACAAAGUGCCUGAUCCGAAAGUAAAGAUUUUAAAUAAAACAAGGGAGGAUGAACCAGAAUCACAUACUUUUAUGUCUUAGUAAAUCAAAACUAUAGCUGGUAGAUUAUGAACAUACAUUCCUCAUGUAAAAUAUGAGAACACACACACUGCUCCUCAACACAGCCCUGUGUUAAUUGGGGGUUUCGUUUCUUAAAAAUCAAGCACAUUUUAUUCACCUAAUCCAGAUUUCUUUUAUUGCAGUGCAAA